AUGUUCCUCUUCUCCCGCAAGACCAAGACCCCCAUCAGCACCUACAGUGACUCCUACAGGGCUCCUACCUCUAUCAAGGAGGUCUAUAAAGACCCACCUCUGUGGGCCUGGGAAGCCAACAAGUUUGUGACGCCGGGCCUCACUCAGACCAUGCAGCGCCACGAGGAUCCUGAAGCCCUGCAGAAGAUGGUCAAAUGUGCCGUGCAGGACUACAGCUAUAAGGGUUCCAUACCAGGCCACCCCUACUUUCCUGAGAAAUACUGGCUCUGUCAAGAGGAAGACAAAUGGACCCCAUACUACCUAUGUGGUGACUGGUAUAACACAUGGAGGAUGGGACCUUACAACUGCACCGGCUGGAACAAAUAUACCACGUGCCUUCCCCAGCUAACUAAGGAGGCCGGAAUGGAGACAGCUGUUCGAGGAAUGCCUUUGGAGUGCCCUCCUAAGCCGGAACGACUCAACGCCUAUGAGCGCGAGGUGGUGGUGAACAUUUUGAACUCGCUGUCACGGAACCAGCCGCUGCCGCAGAUCACGCCCCGAUACGGGUGCGUGGAUCCUCUGCCCCGCCGCCUGCCCUUCCAGGGUUAUGAAAGCCCUUGCUCGGGCCGCCACUACUGUCUACGUGGGAUGGACUACUACGUCACCGGAGCACCCUGCACGGAACGCCGCUUCCGGCCUCCGUGCACAGAGCAGCCGACUGAGUGUACUGCCCUACGAGCACCGGCCCGGAAUGCAAUGUGCUGUUAUAACUCCCCCGCCGUCAUACUACCCUUGUCCGAACCUUAGAUGGGACACAAGCCACUUCAAGAAGACCGGUGGCCCCCAGAGAAACAACUAUGUCGUCCACCCUGAGUUUGUGUCUGAAACCUAUCCUGACUGCUACUGCUAGUAGACCCCAGGCUGGCGGGGCCAAGGGGGCUGAGCAGUAAAUAAACUCUUCACCCC